AUGACAGGUGCACCAACCCAGCUGACUAUAAACAUGGCGGCAUCUAAAGACAGAGUGGGGAGUAACAGGUGUAAAAUACUAAUAAUCGGCGCAGGUAUGGCGGGAUUGUCAGCGGCACAUCAUUUAGUAAAAAAUGGCGUAACUGACUUCAAGAUACUGGAAGCUAGGAGAAGAAUCGGUGGCAGAAUUGUUUCUAUUCCAACCGACCAUCAUAGGGUGGAAUUAGGGGCCAACUGGAUCCAUGGAGUACUUGGGAAUCCCAUGUACGAACUAGCCAUGACAAAUGGUCUCAUAGACAUAGUCCAUGUCCCUAAGCCGCACCGAGUUGUAGCUGCUACAGAAGAUGGUAAACUUAUACCAUUCCAGUUACUACAGGAGAUUUAUGAGGCCUACGUAUGUUUUCUGCGACGUUGUGAGGAAUAUUUCCUGUGCCAUUAUUUGCCUCCAGCUGGCGUUCACAGUGUAGGAGAACACAUUAAUCUAGAAGCUGCAUUGUACUUAGACCACUGUCAAAAUCCAGAAGAACGUCAUAUACGUCAGUUAAUAUUUGAUUGUUUGUUAAAACGCGAAACAUGCAUUACUGGUUGUCAUUCCAUGGAUGAAAUAGAUCUGCUAGAAUUGGGCAGCUACACUGAACUUCAAGGAGGAAACAUUGUGCUACCUUCUGGUUACAGCAGCAUCCUGGAACCCAUAGCAAAAGUCAUACCACCCCAAAAUAUUGUUACAGGUAAACCUGUGGCAACAGUGCGAUGGAAUUGCAGUAACGAAAUGCAGUUAUCUAAUAUGACAAGCCCUGGAGGUGACUCGGGUAUUGACAUUCUUGCAAAUGGAGAUCCAGGAAAUGAUUCUGAUGACUCUGAUAGGACUGUCACUGGUGAUUUCCCAAAAUGUGUAGAACAUUCAAGCAGGGAAGGAAGCUGUGAAGCAGUAGAUAAAAGAAGUAGCACAAAAUCUCAGUGCAGUGCUGAGAGUGGUGAAAGUUCUGGCACACGUGUUCUACAGUCAACAGUGAAUUCUACUUCAGGACAGUAUAGUCAACAGGAUGACAGUGAAAAUUCAGAUUCUUGUGUUUUAGCUCCAAGUGUAGAAAUUGUGUGUGAUGAUGGUGACACUUAUUAUGCUGAUCAUGUUAUAUGCACAGUACCACUUGGAGUUUUGAAAGAAAGGGCAUCUACAAUGUUCUGCCCUCCAUUGCCUCAAUAUAAGACUGAAUCAGUCAACAGGCUUCUUUUUGGCACAGUUGACAAAAUAUUUCUGGAAUAUGAUCGCCCAUUUCUCAACCCAGACAUAUCAGAACUUAUGCUUCUUUGGAAAAGUGAUGCAGCAGAGAAUGGAAAUGAAGACUCAUCUGAUUUAAGUAAAUGCUGGUUUCGUAAAAUUUACUCGUUUUCCAAAGUAUCAGAGACACUUUUACUUGGAUGGAUAUCAGGUAAAGAAGCAGAGUAUAUGGAAACAUUAGCACAUGAGGAAGUUGCAGAAAAGUGCACGGAGAUACUGAGAAAGUUUCUUAAUGAUCCAUUUGUACCUAAACCAAAGCUCUGUGUAUGUACCAGUUGGCGCUCUCAGCCUUACACAAGAGGUUCCUACACUGCAAUGGCUGUCGGUGCUAGUCAGGUUGACAUUGAGAACAUAGCACGGCCACUUUAUGCCAGCACACAGGAAAAGAAGCCUGUACUUCUCUUUGCUGGAGAGCAUACGCACAGCAGUUUUUAUUCAACAGUUCAUGGUGCAUACCUGACUGGUCGGAGUGCAGCCCAAGUGCUACUUGAUCCUGACUCUCCUGAACAAUUAAUAAUGCAGUGUGAAGGAACAAGUGAUUUAAGUUCCUGGAUUCAGGGUAUCUCUCUAGAUUGAUGUAUUGAGUGAAACUCAUAUACAGCCGCUAGAUUGAAUGUAUUAAGUGAAAUUCAUGUACGGCUAAGCAUUGUGUAAAUAUUUUUUUAUUUAUUAUUUGUGUGUUCAUUUCGACAGUGGAGCAGAGUUGCCAAAGCCAUUUUUGCCACAGUUUGAAGAGAUUUGAUUUUCUGAGAAUAUUUUGAGUCACAGGCCCGGGGAUAUCUGAUAUGAAUCCAGUCAAAACUAACUAAAAUGGGACCAUUGUAGUCUAAAAGGCUUUAAUUGAAAAGUCACUGGUAUGUAAUGACUCAUCAGCACAUAGUGGGAAUUUAUUACUUAUUAAUAAAAAUAUUCUAGUGUUGUUAAAAAAAUCCGCACUUUUUACAAUCUUUUGUGACACAAUUUAUAUCAUCUGAAAUUAAUUUUAUUUUAUGCAGUUACUAAGUGUGUAACUGCUGGUUAUUCUAUUUUGAGAACAUUUAAUUUUUAAUUAAACUUAUUAUUCUUUAGCAUGAGCAGCAGUACAUGACAGUGUGCAGAUACUUUCUUGUAUACAGAAAAAUGACUGAUGGUGAAAUUACUGCAAAUCAUUUAACAUUUUAAAUGAAACUUAACCUUCAGCUCUUCUCAUUAUAGUUGGUCUUGCCAAACCAAAAAUUUUCAGUGAGUUCUGUUUUGUCUUGUCUUUUUACAAAGCUGAGAAAGAUGAUGUGUGUAAGAGUUUAUAUGGUUGCAUCAGAAAUGUUCAGUGUGAAUAGAAUACUUACGUGCACAGUUUAGUGUCUUACCAUAAAAGUUUCAUUUGCGGCUUCAGCAUUCAAAAUAUGUAAAAGUAGGUUGAAACAUUGCAGCAUUUACCUUGGCCACCUGUGAAAUAUAUUAGAUGCUUCUGACGUA